GCAGGAGCAGGGUGUACGAGGAGUCUCUAACACACACACAAACACCUCCCACGUACACACCUGGUGGACCGAGCUUCAUCCGAGUCCACUUUGGAUCCUCUGGAAGGAAACCCUGAAGUCAAACAACCGCAGGUCCAGUCAUGGCUGAAAGAAGACGGACCAGUUUCUCCGGUGUGUUGAUCACCGUUGUGCUGGCUGUGAUGCUGCUGCCUGCAUUCUUGUCUGCUGGACCAAUUGUGCAAAAGCCCAGAGGAGAUGCGGGGGAAAGCAUCCAGGAGAAGGCGUCUGCUGCAGCAGCACACAGGAGGCUGAUCCGCAACCGCAGGAACAUCAGCUGGUACAAACAGCACUCUGACUUCUGGGCAUGGUACAAGUACUUUACUGACAACGGCAACCAGGAGGCAAUUCAGGAGAUGGAUCGCAUCUUCCUCGCCUACCUCCAGAACAAGAACCGCGCUGAGGGACGUCGCUCCUACAAGGCCUACUUGAGACACCUGGGAGAUGUUUACAAGUCCUGCUCCGAUUCUGAAGACCCCAACUGCGUGUCUUCCUACACCAGCAGGGCCAGUCCUAAAGCGGAACCCCCCAAACCUGCCCCAGUAAAAACCUGUGACCCCACCAAGGACCCCUACUGCAUGUACAUGGCUUUAGUCCAGGGAAAGAGCCCUUACAAGCCAUUGGUGCUCCCAGCUGCCACCCCUGCUCCUCAGUACAUCCACUCUGCUGCUCCAGCCAAGGACCCUCAGUCAGGGUACUACUACUCCUCUCCCUCCACGAUGCCUUUCCUGACCAUGGAGCAGAAGGCAGAGUUGCUGCGGAUCUGUGCCUCUGAUGAUGUCGAGUGUCUGCAGUACCAUCUGAAAGCUGCUUAUGGGUAUUCUGGUGGGUCCCGUCCUUCAUAUGCCCACCUUGGCUGUGACCCCAAGAAAAAUCCUGCCUGCAAAAUGGCACAGAAAUCUCCUGCUGGUCUCUACAUGAACGCCUAUUCUGCCUCCAGUAUGGCUCCUCAAGCUGCACCAGGAUCCUGCAAUCCUCUUUUUGAAGACGGUUGCAACCCUCUUACCGCCACCAGAUUUUCCACUCCUCCAGAGUCAUACAAAAGUAACGAGAGAGAUCAGGCCGCUGCCAUCCAUGCUGCCCCUCCUGCUGAGCAGUAUGACCCCUAUUCCAUGUAUAGGGAUUCUUAUUCUAAUGUUAACAGAGUCACUGAUCCUUAUGCUAUGCAUCGCCAGGCCAGUGCCCCAGCUUCUCCUCCAGCUACUGAUCUCUUUGCUAUACUGCGCCAAUACAUGGCCCAAGCUCACGCUAAUGACCCAUAUGCUCCACGUAUGGGGGCUGCUUCUGAGUCAAACUCCAACGAUCCUUACUCUGCUAUGCGUGAUGCAGCAGGCGCUAUGCACCGGCACACCCCUCCCUCCCCCAGGCAGCAGCACCCUUAUUCCUAUCCCAGUUAUGAGGAACCUGCCCAGGAGGAACGCCACCCUCUGGGUCCCCCAGGUAAAACCAAGGAGGGCUACGACUGUUUCAUUGGUUAUGACCGUGAAUGCUAUCCCGUGAAGCCCAGCGCACCUCGCUCUGGAGUUCAACGCCGCAUCCCUUACCCUGCUGAGGCCUAUGAGCCCCACCUGAAUUCUGAUGGCACCCGUAACGGCGUCCUGGAGCCUGAAAACCCACACUGUGACCCCGAGUAUGACCGUGACUGCCGCCUGCGUCGCUAUGAGACCGAGCAGCCUCAAAGCCAGCCUGAACGUCAUGCAGCAGCGGACCACAGCCAGACGGCAGCCGAGAGAGAGCAGGUUAAUCAGGACCAGUACGAAGCAGAGCCCUACCAGAGUGGCCAGGAGGAGUCUCACACACCCUACCAGCCUCUCUCACAAGGCAUGCCCAGCCUCCAGGACAUACUGAGGCGCUAUGGAGACCAGUAUCCCAGGCAGGAUGAUCACAGAGCUUAUGGAGACAACUACCACAAGAAGUAAACAACCUAACACGCACAAAAGCAUGCAGAUGGACAUGAAUGCACAGUCCCAUGCGUUCCUGUUGUUCAGCCCUUGAACGCCUCAUGCCCCGAGAAACCAGUUCUAUCUGGACCAGAGGUGGGACACAGGUGAAUUUGAUGGACCCAGAGAGCAAGUACAUGCAUGUACAUCCCAACCACGGCUUCUUGCUUUGGGAGCCUGCUAAAAACUUUCCUGGAACGCCUUCUUAUAACUUUAGUUGCUUCGGGCCUGAUGCUUUGAUUUAUUGCUUUUUACUUUCUACCUUAAAGUCUCCUCUGUGCUUUCAAGUGUGUAAUGACCUCGCAACUCUCAGCUUUGCUUCUGUAUCUGUGCAUUUUUUUAAAAUGAAAUAUUGUUUAUUGCUUUUUGACACAGAUGGAUUGUCAUUUUUUUUCAUUUUAAUUGUUCUAAUAAAAAAUACAGAAAUAU